CGUCAACAAGUCCGGGAGAGUCAGGGCUCAGUUGGAGGCUCAGACCCCAGACGGCGAGAAAAGGCCGCAGGUCACCUCAGGGGUCUCGGCAUUUUCUCAGUGGAUAGAGAACCAGGCCGUGGGCAGGAAGGGAAUUUCCUUUAACAGUGGAUCAGAAAUGUCUGGCUGACAGCAGGGGGCGCACCAAGUCGAGCCAUGCAGUCGCCAGCAGGGAAGAAGGCUGGGGGCAGGGGCCCGCGGGAGCGAACCGGAAAGGGGUCCCUUGAGGAACGCGCCAAGAGGGCGCAGCCCCUCAAGCCGGGUUGGGCCCUAACGCUGGAGGGGAUGGCGGCCAUGAGCCCCGCGCAGCGUCACCGCCACCUGCUCUUCGGUGACCUGCUGGAGGACGUGGGCGCGGCCGCCUCCCUCUUCACGCGCGAGUCCGUGGAGCUGGGGUGCCGCAUGCCCGACCCGCGCGCGUGGGCGACACAGUCCCGGGAGCCACCGGGGGCGCGCCAGGACCGGCUCCUCGGCGUUCUCAAGGCAGCCGAGGCCCGGGGACGAAUCCGCGCGUUGCGGCUGCGCUACAUCCGCAUGCGGGCCGAGGAGAUCUCGCUGCUCAUCCUGCAGCAGAAGUCCGCGCGCGCCGCCAUCCGGCUGGAGCUGUUCCUACCGCCGCAGCUGAAGCCCACGCGGAUCCCGGACCCCCUGGACCGUCACGAGGUGCCCACAAGCCCGGGAGGGGGUGGGGGCCCCGACCCCCUCCCCGCACGCCUGGCCCCAGCCACUCUCACCCACAGAGGAGGCGCGUGGAGACCAUCCUGGAGGAGACAACUGACGGCAGCAUCUUCCCCCGCUGACGGCGACCCGCAGUGCGCGACUGAGCCCCCCCCCCCAUAAAGUUCUCAUUGCCCAAGCU